GGCGAGUCAAAAUAUUAUCCAAGACUACCCAGAAGGGGAGGGAAACUCUCAGAGGUUAGCUACCUAAGUACAGAAUGCUUCUCGUGAGCUCCCUACUGACACUUACCUAGAAGCCAGUCGAAAGAACCGAAGAUGUAUGCCACAGGAGAGGAAAGAAACCUUGACAGCUUUGACGAAUUUUACGGUUGGAUCCCUGACGAUGAGCCUAGCAACCAUCGGCGUUCGACAACACCUGGUACGAGAUGCAAUGGAUGUGGUUGCCACCAAAGAGACAACAAUAAUUCCAGCGCACUUAAUAAAGAGCCGGAAACUCGAGCGACGAAUGAAGAGAAAUCUCCCAAUAAAACAAAGGGGAUCUCUAUUAGGGUUCUCGUGGGCGGACCUAAUAAUGUCCAAGUCAGCGUGCAGAGAGCCACCGCGCGGAAUAAUGAUGUAUCUGCGCAAGCCCGCCGCGGGCACGGUACAUCCAGAAAUGCCGCCUCUCAGAAGAAGCAAAAUAGUGAACCGAUCGCGGCACGUUCUCCUGAGCGAUUUGUGGGGGAUAUGGCUAAUACCAGUACUUGGGAUCCUUUCGAUGGACGCGAAUUGCUUUUUAGCGACGAUUUUGGGAGCUUGAAGGUUUCCCGUUUGGCAAAUCUUGACACGCAGCUCAAGAUAGGCAGUGGUAGCACCGAUGAUCUCAUCAUGUCAACUCACUGCGCAAGAGAGCUGGGAGUUCUAAGCAAGAUGUCUACAAACUUUGAAGACCCAUGCCUUCGGAGCAUCUCCGGACAUUCGACGGCAGUAAAUGGGAUCUUACGCAAGGUCCAGUUCCGACUGAGGGGGAGUUCAGUCACAUUCUGUCGCAACUUCUGGGUCUGUGAUGCGAUCGAUGGGAUUGUCGACGUCAUGAUCGGGGCGAGUUUCAUCAAGGAGAAUUUCAAAAUGUUGUUCGAGAAACAGAAUGCCAGCCUCUUCGGAGUUUGGCACACUAUUAAGAAGGAAACUGAGGAGCAGAAGAGGGAACGCGAGGAGAAAGAACGUGAACAGAAGAAAAAAGUCGAGGAACUAGAGAAGAAGCGUCGUGAAAGAGAAGAGAAGCAACGACGUGAAGAUGAGCGUAGAUCCAACAGUAGGAAGUGAAGUGUUCACUAUCCGAGGCAGCACUUAGAGCGGUGGACAGGCUUCCGGGGCUUAGGUUAAAAUAGUAGGCUUGGUUUGCUGAAUCUUGGCUUAUGAUUUGGAUAAGGGCGAUGGGAAAGGCGUUGGGGGCAAUAGAAAGAACUGGCAAUGGUAUUAUACUGCGUUUUUAAGGGAAUGUUUUCUGUUUUUUUCUUUCUCUCUGUAGACGAUUUUAGUCAAUGCCAAUUAUUAUUACGGUUUGCAAAUCUUAAAUAUAAUCCCUUGAUUUGAAAUGGUACAUUUG